GUCUGCAAUCCUGUUUUGUUUGUAAUGCAGAAGGCCACGACGCCAGGCAUCCCCAUGCGUGCUCCACCCAUCCAGGCUAUCACUGCGCCUGGGUAACUGCUCUAAACUAUCCAGGCCACGAGGCUAAAAUCUCCAAUGAAUUCCAAUUGGUAAGGGAAAACUUUCCCAGCCGGAUGCGAUUGUGGUGCAAGCCAAGGGUCCGAGAGUCCCAGCAUAGACGGUUCCCUCCUGCCUUCUGUAUUCGCCACCGGCGCUGCGAUCUGCUCUGGUAUUUGUGGAGCGCGUUUGGCCAAGCCCUGGAGCCCCGCACCCGCGCACGCAUCUCUGACCACGCUCACGCACACGCACUCACACACACAUGCGAACGCGUGACCGCCGCCAGGUCUGCAACUUUGUCGGGCGCUCCCAGCCGAGCUCAGCUUCCUCCUGUAGUAGUUGGGCGCAAGCCCCGCCUCCCGACUCUGUUGUCAAACGGGCUGGGGUCUCGGAUUGGUCCAGCCUGCGGGACAACACCUGCUCGACUCCUUCAUUCAAGUGACACCAGAGCUUCCAGGGAUAUUUGAGGCACCAUCCCGGCCACUGCCGGGCACUCGCGGCGCUGCUAACGGCCUGGUCACAUGCUCUCCCGAGAGCUACGGGAGGGCGCUGGGUAACCUCUACCCGAGCCGCGGCUGCGAGGAGGAGGGAAAAGGCGAGCGAGGAGGAAGAGCGGGAGGAGGAGGGGAAGCGGCGGCGGCGAAGAGGAGGCGGGGAGCACAAAGAAUCCAGGUCUCCCGGCGGGAGGUUUGCACCAAGAACCAUGUGUGCCGAGCGGCUGGGCCAGUUCGUGACCCUGGCUUUGGUGUUAGCCACCUUCGACCCGGCGCGGGGGACCGAUGCCACCAACCCACCAGAAGGUCCCCAAGACAGAGGCUCCCAGCAGAAAGGUCGCCUGUCCCUGCAGAACACAGCGGAUAUCCAGCACUGUUUGGUCAACGCAGGUGAUGUAGGGUGUGGCGUUUUUGAAUGUUUCGAGAACAACUCUUGUGAGAUUCGGGGCUUACAUGGAAUUUGCAUGACUUUUCUGCACAACGCUGGAAAAUUUGAUGCCCAGGGCAAGUCAUUCAUCAAGGAUGCCUUAAAGUGCAAAGCCCACGCUCUUCGGCACAGGUUCGGCUGCAUAAGCCGCAAGUGCCCGGCCAUCAAAGAAAUGGUGUUUCAGCUGCAGCGGGAAUGCUACCUCAAGCAUGAUCUGUGCGCAGCUGCGCAGGAGAACACCCGGGUGCUAGUGGAGAUGAUCCAUUUCAAGGACUUACUGCUGCAUGAACCCUACGUGGACCUGGUGAAUCUACUGCUGACCUGUGGGGAGGAGGUGAAGGAGGCCAUCUCCCACAGCGUGCAGGCUCAGUGUGAGCAGAACUGGGGAGGUUUAUGUUCCAUCCUAAGCUUCUGCACCUCAGCCAUGCACAGGCCCCCCACAGUGUCUCCCGAGCACCAGCUCCAGAUGGACAGAGCCAGACUCUCCCGGACCCACCAAGGGGAAGCAAGCCAUUACUUCUCAGAGCCCAGCAGCAGGGAGAGCAUCCGAGACGCCAAGGGCGAGCGUGGGAGCAAGGGCCACUCAAAUGCCCAUGCUCGGGGCAGAGCUGGCGGCCAUGGGGCUCAGGGACCUUCUGGAAGCAGUGAGUGGGAGGAUGAACAAUCUGAGUAUUCUGAUAUCCGGAGGUGAAAUGAAAAAAAGCUCGGCUACGAAACCUUUCCUCCACAACGUCCAUUUUCUUACCUAUGGACAUUCCAAAACAUUUACCAUUAAAGAGGGGGAAUGGCACACACAGGAUUUUGUGGGGACUGUGGACUUCAUGAAGGUGUAUGAACAGGUGAGACAGCUCCUAAGGCAGCGAGGUCUCAGAGGUGCCUAGAGAAUCGGGCACUUACGCAUACUCAAGGGAACCCCCACGUCCUCCUGAUAACUUCGUCUUCUUUCCAUCCAUGGAGCCAGUGGGUGGUGGGCGCAUGAUGUGCUGUUAUGGGGGAGGUGAGGCAGGGAGGGGCAGGUGAGCAGGCAGCCUACCUGGGCUGGACCACACGAGGGGUGCUAGGCUCCACCACAGCCAUUGCAGAAGGCAAGCGUGUGGUUUCCAGGGCAGAGUAAACAAAGUAUCACAACAAUGCAGGGGAAGGGUGGUGAGGAGGCAGGGGCCACAGGCAGGAGCCACGGCAGGGCUCAGUGCCAAGCUUCCUGCAUGGGACCUUGCGAUUCAGAGCUGCUUGAGUGGGGCGGGGGAAUGUAAUUUCUAUGUGUAAUUUCUGAGCCAUUGUUCUGUCUAGGGGACGCAGUCUGAGGGAUUGGCCCCCAUGUGUUUAUAUUUUAACCACUGCUUCAAAUCUUAAUUUCACUUUUUUAUUUAUCCAGUGACAUCUACAUAUCUGUCAUCUAAAUAAAUGGCUUUCAAACAAA